GACCAAGAGACCAGCUAUACAAUUAUCAAAUCGAAAGAGACAACUAUAACAGCAGAGGGCUUGAAACCAGCUUCAGUGUAUGUCUUCCAAAUUCGAGCACGCACCGCAGCAGGCUAUGGCGUCUUCAGUCGAAGAUUUGAGUUUGAAACCAUCCCAGUGUCAGUUGCAGCAUCCAGUGAUCAAAGCCAGAUUCCUAUAAUUGCUGUGUCUGUGACAGUGGGAGUCAUUUUGUUGGCAGUGGUUAUCGGCUUCCUCCUCAGUGGAAGUUGCUGCGAGUGUGGCUGUGGAAGGGCUUCUUCCCUGUGCGCCGUUGCCCAUCCAAGCCUAAUAUGGCGGUGUGGUUACAGCAAAGCCAAACAAGAUCCAGAAGAGGAAAAGAUGCAUUUUCAUAAUGGGCACAUUAAACUGCCAGGAGUAAGAACUUAUAUUGAUCCACAUACCUAUGAGGAUCCCAAUCAAGCUGUCCAUGAAUUUGCCAAGGAGAUAGAAGCUUCAUGCAUCACCAUUGAAAGAGUCAUUGGAGCAGGUGAAUUUGGUGAAGUUUGUAGCGGACGUUUGAAACUUCCAGGAAAAAGAGAAUUACCUGUGGCUAUCAAAACCCUUAAAGUAGGCUAUACUGAAAAACAGCGUAGAGAUUUCCUCGGUGAAGCAAGUAUCAUGGGGCAGUUUGAUCAUCCUAACAUCAUUCACUUAGAAGGUGUUGUGACCAAAAGUAAGCCAGUGAUGAUAGUGACAGAGUAUAUGGAAAAUGGCUCUUUAGAUACAUUUUUAAAGAAAAAUGAUGGGCAGUUCACUGUGAUUCAGCUCGUUGGCAUGCUGAGAGGCAUUGCUGCGGGAAUGAAGUACCUUUCAGACAUGGGCUAUGUGCACAGAGACCUCGCUGCCAGAAACAUCUUAGUCAACAGCAACCUGGUGUGCAAGGUGUCUGACUUUGGGCUUUCCAGGGUUCUGGAAGACGAUCCUGAGGCAGCCUACACCACAAGGGGAGGCAAAAUUCCAAUCAGAUGGACUGCCCCAGAAGCUAUAGCUUUCCGAAAGUUUACCUCUGCCAGUGAUGUCUGGAGUUAUGGAAUCGUGAUGUGGGAGGUUGUGUCUUACGGAGAGAGACCCUACUGGGAGAUGACCAAUCAAGAUGUGAUUAAAGCUGUAGAGGAAGGGUACCGUCUGCCAAGCCCCAUGGACUGUCCUGCUGCUCUCUACCAAUUAAUGCUGGAUUGCUGGCAGAAAGACCGAAAUAGUAGGCCCAAGUUUGAUGAAAUUGUCAACAUGUUGGACAAGCUGAUACGUAACCCAAGUAGCUUGAAGACGCUGGUUAAUGCAUCGAGCAGAGUAUCUAAUUUAUUGGCAGAACAUGGCUCACUGGGAUCUGGGGCCUACAGAUCAGUAGGUGAAUGGCUAGAAGCAAUCAAAAUGGGCCGGUAUACGGAGAUUUUCAUGGAAAAUGGAUAUAGUUCAAUGGACGCUGUCGCUCAGGUGACCUUGGAGUGAGUAAUUUUUCUGAUAAUUUUUACAUAAUUGCUGGGACAAGAAAACUUGUUCAGAAACCAAUCUGGAUGAGGUCAAGGGAAAUUAGUUAACCUUUGUCCAUGUGUGGCAGCUUUCAAAGAAGCCUCUUCUUUUUUAGCCUUUAUUGUUAACAACUGCAUGGUUAAUGGUACUUGUGGCCAGUAUCUUUGCUUCUUUGCUUUGAAUAGUACUUAAAUAUUUGAAUAAUUGGAAUAACAACUCUUUGGAAAAAUACUGGUAUUUUAUGUUGUGGAAAAGAUGUUUUCUUGACAAAGUUUUUAUACUGGUACCUAUGUUAUAUGAAUGUAAAUAUAAAAAAAAACUGUAAGCACAAUUGGUGUGACUAGUCUUACAUACAACAAAACAUAUUCUUAAAUUUGGCUAAAACGACUACCCAGGAAACAGCUGCUUAAACAAAGCUCCGCAGGCAGGACUCUCAUUUGAUCUCUAAGCAGUGCACCUUAUAUUCUUGCAACCCAAGGAUAUAUAUUAGAUCCUGCCUCUGAUUUGUUAUUUGGUACAAUCUCAGUGGAACCAAUUGUGCCCUUUUCUGUUUGCACGUUUAAGAUAAAAGUUUAUCAAAUCUUACUAAAUAAAAAUCACUAGAGUUAAAUAUUAAAUUCUUUAAGGUUGUAAGUUGUUUGUAUUUUAUUUUGUACUCUGUAUGUGUAAUUAUUUUAGCCUACUAUUUGCUUAUUUGUGAAAAUUAACUGUCGUUAUGGUGGUUCCAUCUAGAUUACGUUACCAUGAAUGAUGUUUUAACCUGUGAAUAUAAUGAUAACUUACUUCAAAUUAACUACAAAUUCAAAGGUUAAAAUAUUUGUAAGGAUUAGAACAAGGUAGACCAUUCUAAAGCAGUAAGCCACAGUCCUUAUUCCAUUACUUCACAUAAUAUGAGCAUUGAGUAGUUCUCUACCAUCAUUUGUAUUAUUCUGGCAUUUUUGAUUCAUUGAAUUCACUGCCCAUCCACACAAAAGGUAACAGGGUACCAUCAUUUAUUACCAGUUAAUGUCACAUUCUCAACAAUCCUCUUCCUUCAUACCUAUAAUUAAAAGGACCUAAAAUCAUUACUCAGCUCACUCUCAUAAUUUACUGAAUUUCAUCCUCAUUAACACCGCCACAUCAUAUCUAUUUGAUGAUACAUUUGCUUGACCCAUUAUUUCCUUGGACACUCAAAGAACUCAUGUGUGCUAGAUUAAAAUAGUAAACAGACAAUUUUACUGAUAAUUUAAAACUAUUUUUACAUUAUUGCUAUUUAAUUUCUCAGUAAAAAUGGUCAUUUUAAUUUAUUAAAGUCAUUUGUCAUUUUAUAUUAAAAUGAUACUGUAGGUAUUUCUUCUACCCAAUGUCAGAUUACUUGUAAAUAUAUAAUAAAAUUAUUUGCAUUAAA